AUGGCCGAGAGACCAUACGAACUCGUCCUGCUGGGCGCCACUGGGUAUACAGGGAAAUUCACAGCACAAUACAUACAAGAGCAUGUACACCCGGACCUGAGCUGGGCUAUUGCCGGACGAAAUGAGAAGCGGCUCCUUGAGAUUGCGGAAGAGCUCAAGCAGAUGAACCCUGCUCGCAUUCAGCCUGGCAUGUUGCUCCGCCUGGUUGUUGAGGUGAAGAGCGAAGAUCUAUCAGCAAUAGCGGGCAAGACGAAGGUUCUGAUGACCACCCUUGGGCCUUACGCCAAAUUUGGCGAGCCUGUUGUCAAGGCCUGUGUUGAUGCCGGCACGCAUUACCUUGACGUGACCGGUGAAGUGACGUUCACAUACGACAUGAUGCGUAAAUACGACAAAGCAGCCAAAGCCAAGGGGGUCUGCGUGCUCCCAUCCGAUAUCCUUGCUUACCUCUGCGCCAAAACCGCGCGAGAAAAGCUGAACGUCGGCCUCCGCGACUGCAUAAACUCACUCCAAACACUGGUCGGUACCUUCUCUGGCGGCACAUCCCAUUCAGUCAUCGGCCUUGUCGAAGCCUACCCGAUCUCGUUCAUCAACGCCUCUAGUAAACCCACCGCCCUCUGCCCCAUCGCACCACCAAAAGCUACGCCCUCGACCAUCGGGAGAUGGUCGUCCCUCGUGGGUUCACGCCACGUCUCUGGCCUAGGCAGACUCACAGACUCCCCUCAAGCGCUCUCGGACACCGGAAUCGUGUACCGAUCCUGGGGCAUAUUCGACGCCGGUGCCUAUUACGGACCCCAGUUCACAUUCACAAAAUACAUGCGUGUGAGCAACGGUCUCAUAGGCGCGUGCGUCCACUACCUUUUCGCCAUCGUCCUGAUCGGGCUUUACUUGCGGCCCGUGCGUUCCAUUUUCAAGCGUCUAUCGCACAGUCCCGGCGCUGGUCCAGACGCCGAAGAAGCGGCAAAGAACAUUUUAAGCUACAAGGCUGUGGCUACUGCUGACGAGCCGCGGAAGCGAAGAGUGCAUGCCACGUACCACUACGAAGGUUCGGUCUACUACAUGACUGGAAUCACGCUUACGGAGGCGGCGCUGGUCUUGAGUAGGGGCGGCGAUUGCUUGGGCAAGAGAUUGGGGGGUAUGAUCACGCCGACGACGUUAGAGAUGGAGUAUGUGGAGCGGCUGCAGAGGGCGGGAAUCAAACUCGGCUGGGGGAUGCUUUGAUUUCCAUGAUAGGACCGUGCUCUUGGACUUAGCCCCUGUAUGCUCAGGUUACAAGGCGGAUAUAGGUUCUAGUGGGAUCGAUUGUGCUCUAAGAGACCUUCGCAGAUGUACAUGUACAACCAGAUCUUAUGCAAUCUAACCGUG